AUCCUGCAGUAGCAGGGAUGGGGUGGGAGUGAGAGAGAGAGUGAGGACGCUGGGCUCUAGAGGGAACGAGAAGCCACUGCGAGUCCCCCAUCUCAGCCACCCAGACUGGGGCCUGCCGGGUCUGCUCCAUGGACUAGUGCGAGGGGAGGGCAGGCUCCUUUCUGUCACUGCUCUGCUGCCCUCCCCUCCUUGUAGAGCCCCUGCAUCCCUUUCCCAAGGUGGAAUUAGCAGGCUUGAGGCUCCCAAGGGACCGAAUCCCCUGGCUUGGUCCUGCCCCACACCACACCAUGACCCUCUUGUUGCUGUCUUUCUUGCUGGCCUCUCUGCUCCUGCCCAGCUUGGGGAACAAAGCCAACAAGCACAAGCCAUGGAUUGAGGCAGAGUACCAGGGCAUCGUCAUGGAGAAUGACAACACUGUCCUGCUGAACCCACCACUCUUUGCCUUGGAUAAGGACGCUCCCCUGCGCUAUGCUGGUGAGAUCUGCGGCUUCCGGCUCCAUGGGUCUGGAGUGCCCUUUGAGGCUGUGAUCCUGGACAAGGCGACAGGUGAAGGGCUGAUUCGGGCCAAGGAGCCUGUGGAUUGCGAGGCCCAGAAGGAACACACCUUCACCAUCCAGGCAUAUGACUGUGGCGAGGGCCCUGAUGGUGCCAACACCAAGAAGUCCCACAAGGCAACAGUGCAUGUGCGGGUCAAUGACGUGAAUGAGUUUGCCCCAGUGUUUGUGGAGCGGCUGUACCGUGCUGCAGUGACAGAGGGGAAACUGUAUGAUCGCAUCCUGCGGGUGGAAGCCAUUGAUGGUGACUGCUCCCCACAGUACAGCCAGAUCUGCUACUAUGAGAUCCUCACGCCCAACACCCCCUUCCUAAUAGACAAUGAUGGGAACAUUGAGAACACAGAGAAGCUGCAGUACAGUGGUGAGAAGCUCUACAAGUUCACAGUGACGGCUUAUGACUGUGGAAAGAAGCGAGCAGCCGAUGAUGCUGAGGUGGAGAUCCAGGUGAAGCCCACCUGCAAACCCAGCUGGCAAGGCUGGAACAAAAGGAUUGAAUAUGCACCAGGCGCUGGGAGCUUGGCUUUGUUCCCUGGCAUCCGCCUGGAGACCUGUGAUGAACCACUCUGGAACAUUCAGGCCACCAUAGAGCUGCAGACCAGCCAUGUGGCCAAGGGUUGUGACCGUGACAACUACUCAGAGCGGGCACUGCGGAAACUCUGUGGUGCUGCCACUGGGGAGGUGGACCUGUUGCCCAUGCCGGGCCCCAAUGCCAACUGGACAGCAGGACUCUCAGUGCACUAUAGCCAGGAUAGCAGCCUUAUAUACUGGUUUAAUGGCACCCAAGCUGUGCAGGUGCCCCUGGGUGGCACAGCUGGGCUGGGUUCUGGCUCCCAGGACAGCCUCAGCGACCACUUUACCCUGUCAUUCUGGAUGAAACAUGGUGUAACUCCAAACAAGGGCAAGAAAGAAGAGGAAACCAUUGUGUGCAACACAGUCCAGAAUGAGGAUGGCUUCUCUCACUACUCCUUGACUGUCCAUGGCUGCAGAAUUGCCUUCCUCUACUGGCCCCUGCUUGAGAGUGCCCGCCCAGUCAAGUUCCUCUGGAAGCUGGAGCAGGUCUGUGACGACGAGUGGCACCAUUAUGCUCUGAACCUCGAGUUCCCCACAGUUACACUCUAUGCUGAUGGCAUCUCCUUUGACCCUGCUCUCAUCCAUGACAACGGCCUCAUCCACCCACCCCGGAGGGAACCUGCACUCAUGAUUGGGGCCUGCUGGACAGAGGAUAAGAACAAAGAGAAGGAUAAAGGAGGAGACAACAGUACAGACACAACUCAAGGAGACCCCUUGCCGAUCCACCACUACUUUCAUGGCUACCUGGCUGGUUUCAGCGUGCGCUCAGGUCGCCUGGAGAGCCGGGAGGUCAUCGAAUGCCUCUAUGCAUGUCGGGAGGGGCUGGACUAUAGGGAUUUCGAGAGCCUGGGCAAAGGCAUGAAGGUCCACGUGAACCCCUCGCAGUCCCUGCUCACCCUGGAGGGGGAUGAUGUGGAGACCUUCAGCCAUGCCCUGCAGCACGUGGCUUAUAUGAACACUCUGCGGUUUGCCACGCCUGGCGUCAGGCCUCUGCGCCUCACCACUGCUGUCAAGUGCUUCAGUGAGGAGUCCUGUGUCUCUAUCCCCGAAGUGGAGGGUUAUGUGGUGGUUCUUCAGCCGGAUGCCCCCCAGAUCUUGCUGAGUGGCACAGCUCAUUUUGCCCGCCCAGCUGUGGACUUUGAGGGCCCUGAGGGGGUCCCUUUGUUUCCUGAUCUUCAAAUCACUUGCUCUAUUUCUCACCAAGUGGAGGCCAAUAAAGACGAAAGUUGGCAGGGCACGGUGACAGACACACGCAUGUCAGAUGAAAUUGUGCACAACCUGGAUGGCUGUGAAAUUUCUCUUGUGGGGGAUGACCUUGACCCUGAGAGAGAAAGCCUGCUCUUGGACAUGGCAUCCUUGCAGCAGCGAGGCCUGGAGCUUACCAACACUUCUGCCUACCUCACCAUUGCUGGGGUGGAGAGCAUCACUGUGUAUGAAGAGAUCCUGAGGCAGGCUCGUUAUCGACUGCGACAUGGAGCUGCCCUCUAUGCCAGGAAAUUCCGGCUUUCCUGCUCAGAAAUGAAUGGCCGCUACUCCAGCAAUGAAUUCAUUGUGGAGGUCAAUGUCCUGCACAGCAUGAACCGGAUUGCCCAUCCCAGCCAUGUGCUCAGUUCCCAGCAGUUCCUGCACCGGGGUCACCAGCCUCCCCCUGAGAUGGCUGGACACAGCCUGGCCAGCUCCCAUAGGAACUCCAUGGUCCCAAGUGCUGCGACUCUCAUCAUUGUGGUGUGCGUGGGCUUCCUGGUGCUCAUGGUUGUCCUGGGCCUCGUGCGUAUCCACUCCCUUCACCGGCGUGUGUCAGGGGCCAGUGGGUCCCCAGGGGCCUCCAGUGACCCCAAAGACCCGGAUCUCUUCUGGGAUGACUCUGCUCUCACCAUUAUUGUGAACCCCAUGGAGUCCUACCAGAAUCAGCAGGCCUGUGUGGCAGGGGCUGCUGGUAGCCAGCAGGAGGACGAGGACAGCAGUGACUCAGAGGCAGCUGACUCCCCCAGCAGUGAUGAGAGACGCAUCAUUGAGAAUCCCCCACACCGCUACUGAGGCUACACCCCUGCCCAGAAGGAAUUCUGCCCUGGAGAGACAGAGAUACCCAGGAAAGAAAGGGAGAAGGGCAUUCUGAGAGAAGAGAGACCAAGAGAGAGCUCUUCAGAACAAGCACUCCUUCAAUCUCAAAACCCCAGUGGGGCUCACUGGGGUCACCCCUACCCCUCCUCUACCUGCCUC